UGAAAUUUCAGCGGUGAAGCGUUUGUUGUUUGUCAAAGGGAGCUGCACUGCAGCCUUAUCUAGACUGGUGAAUUGUAAUAUUAAAAGUCACAUUGGGCUAGAAAUGUCUUUUUCAAGAGCUCCUUUGAAGAGGUUCAACGAGAACGUCGGUUGUGCCCCUCCACCCGGCCUCUAUGAGAUUAAACCUGGGGAGCUGAAGGGGGCUGCGUCCUUCGACAAAUCUGAUCGGUUUAAACCUGUUAAGGCGGCCGCUGCAGCCCCUAUGCCACCUCCAUCGCCCUCCAAGACUGCGCCCAUGUCACCUUUCCGCAGGACUAUGUCAGUCGAUGGUCUUGUUGAGGGCUCAAGUGCAAAGAAAGAGAAGAAUGGCAUGACCAUGGAAGCAAAGCAGCAGAAGCUCUUGGAGAAUGAGAUCCGGUCCCUGGUUCAGCAGCGAGGGGAGCAGGACCGUCGCUUGCUGGCCCUGGGAGAGGAGCUAAAAAAGGUGGAGGCCAAGCUGCUGGCUGCAGUCAGGGAGAAGACGGGCCUCGCUGCCAACGCUACCACCCUUGAGAGAGAGCGAGCUGAGCUCAAGAAAGUCAAUGAGUUCUUAAAGAACAAGGUUUCUGCUGACACAACAAAAAAGAAGAUCAAUUCCCUCACAAUGGACCUGAUGGAGGCCAGGAACAAUUUGGAUAGUAAAAACAAGGAGUUAAGUGUUCUCCAGAUAAACACCGAAGGCAAACUGAAGGUGCUAGAAACAGACCUCCAAGCUGCCAGGGAUACUGUCAAGACUCUAAAGGACAGAAAUAAAGACUUGGAGGACCUCCAUCAAGUGACGAAAACCCAGAAUCAAGAGAUGGAGAAUGAGAAUGCUAGGUUGCAUGCUGUGAUACGAGAACUGAGAGAGGAGGUCAGAGUCUUGCAGGGAUACCUGGACACUGCCAAUGACCAGAUCCAGGAUCUCCGCUUGAAGCUCCAAGAGAAGACACACGAGAAUACUGUUGCAGGUUCUCAGGUGGAGAAAAUAAAGCAACUAGAGCUUGAAUUAGAGCAACGCAUUACUGGGCUUGAAACCACCCAAGAUGUGCUGAGACAAAAAGAGGAGGAGGCACUGACAUACCAGCAAGAGCUGCAAGCAUCAAAGGAAGCUUUAUUGGAAGUGGAGAAGAGGUUGGAGAACCAAGAGCUUGAGCUUACAUCUUCACAGAAGUCGGCGAGUGACUUGGAGGCACAAAUGAAGAUGGCCAACCAAGAAGUUGAAGACUCUCAAGCAACAGUUCGUCAGCAGGAGGCAGAGCUCUCUCGACUACGGGAGGUGCUCAGGAGGACGGAGAAGGAGCUGGAUGAGAGAGUGGCGCAUCUUGAACAAAGGUUUCUGUUCUCUGAGGAGGAGAGAAGCAAGACUCAGGAGGAGGGGCUGAGGAGAGUGGAGGAGUUAAAGACAGAGCUCAACUUGUUAAAGGAGGCAAAAAGAGAUGAGAAAAAGAAACAGAUUCAGCUCCAGCAAGACAAUGCUACUCUUACUGAGGAACUGACAAAAGAAAAGGCACUUGUUGACUCCCUGUCUGUGCUGCUGAAGCAGGAGAGGGAGGAGUCUGAUGAGCGGUUGAGACAGCUGAAAGAGGAGAUGGAGGAAGUGCUGGGGGAACUGGCUGUUUUAGAGGAACAAGAGCAGAGUAGGCAAGGGGUGGCGGACAGGAGUCAGGAGGCCCUCCAGAGGCUGCAGGAAGAAAACAACCUGCUGGAGAGACAGCUGAGUGAUGCCAGGGCACGUUUGGACAGUAAGAGCAAUGAUGUGUCAGCUUUGGAAGAAGAACAUUCAGCUGCCAUGAGAAAACUCCAAGAGACACACACAAACUCGCUGAGCAAAAUGGCAGACACUGUCACAGAACUGGAAAGCACCAAAGAGGCUCUGAGGGGAGCAGAGGAGAGACAGAAAAAUCUGGAAGCGGAGGUGGAGAGAGUGACCCAGCAGAUGAAGGAGGAGAUGGACAAAGUGAUUCAACAGAAGGAGGAGGAGAUCAAGGGAGUGCGGGAGGGGUUAGAGGAGCACCGGGAGAGACAGUUUGCCGAACAGAAAGCCAGGGAGGAGAAUGCAAGAAUGUUGCUAGAGGUGCAGACUCGACUUGCACAAAAAGAUGAGGCGAUGAAGGCCAUGGAGGUGAGCCACGCUGCUCUGAUCAGUCAGCUACAGCAGGAGCUACAGCUGCAGACAAAAGAAAAAGAAGAGGCAAUGGAGCAAAUAGAGGAACAGAGAGGCCAGAAUGUUACUCAGCUCCAAAAUGAGAGGGAAAAAGCCCAGAAAUUGCUUGAGGAGAUCAGCCACGAAAAAGAGGAAAUAAUGGAACAACUCCUACAAGAAAGAGAAGAGAAAGUUCAAUUUCAGAGAGCCCUUCAAGAGGAUAGAGGAGCAUUGGAGGUUGAAAGGAAAGACCACCAGCAGGUCGGGUUAGAGGUGCUCAGACUGCAGACUGAGCUUGAGAGAAUAGAUGAGGAAAAGAAGAGUCUUCUGUCUCAAGUAGAACUCAUAGACCAGUCCAGGCUUGCGCUUGAAAAUCAACUGGAAACGGCAGAGCAGGACAGAAAUCAGCUUCAGUCUCGCCUAGAUGAAGUUGAGCAAGAGGGUGUGAGCUUUCAGGCCCAAUUAGACCUUAUGGAGGAGAAGACACAGGCUCUGCAGUGCGAGCUGGAAGAACAAAGACAAGACAGGCGAGCUCUGCAGGAGCAGGUGGAGAUACUGAGUCAGGAGAAGGUAACACUGCAGUGGGAGAUGGAGGAGCAACGGCGAGAUCUCCAAAGACAAAUAAGUGAAGCACAGGAGAAGAGCUCCCCAAGCUCAGAGACGGAACACUGGAAGAGACAGUAUGAUGAGCUGUUUGCUAAAGUUGGACCCUUCCAGGAACAGCUCAAUGCGUUUGCUGCAGAACGAAGUGCUCUACUCAAUGAAAAUGGAGCAAACCAGGAGGAGUUAAACAAGUUGGCCGACGCUUACGCUCGUCUACUGGGUCACCAGAACCAGAAGCAGAAGAUCAAACAUGUUUCAAAGCUGAAAGAUGAGAACAUCUCCCUGAAACAGGAGGUGACUAAGCUUCGCUCCCAGGUGAGCCGGCAGAAGAGUGAUCUGGAGCAGCUGAAGUCAAAGCUCCCCGGUGCUCCUCGCCGCAGGUUUGAUCCCAGCAAAGCUUUCCAACAUGAUAAGGAGAACAGGCAAACUGAGACAACUGCAUCUCGUAAAGAAGGAAAUCAUUAUCUGUAAUGGAGCUAUGCAAUUAGACAAGAACUGAACUACUGGGCUGACAAAUUUCAUUUCUAAGGUUUGGUCUUCUUUCGAGUACUCAUCCAUCCAUGUAAGCAAUGACUCAGCCUCUUUCACUUGGAUGUUUUUUAUCUGUAUUUGAACUAAUUAUUACUGUUUUUAUUUUUAAAUUUUUUUUAUCAGUAAUUUAUAAUUCUUAAAUGUAAGAACUGCAUUCCAGCAUCUUUUGUUUUAAUGCCUCUCGUGUCAAAUUGUCACAUGCAGAUAAUUUGCAGGGUUGAUUUCAAAAAGAGUGUUUGUACAGAAAGAGUAUGAAAAAUAAUUAGGAAAUAGAAUGGAUGCCAGUCUAAAAUGUUGACAUUGCAGAGAACCAAAACAUAGUCGGCAUAAAAAUGUAACAUACAAUUAACUGUUAAUGUGUUUUGAUCUUUAUAUUUUGUAACUUCUGUAGCAAUACUUGGGGUAGCAUAACCAGUAACCAUUUCAUGUGGGAUAGCUCUUUAUAAACCUUUCUUCUUUGUAAAUAAAGUUUAAUACUCU